CAGGGGGGUGGGGGCUGCCGUGGCAGCAGUCGCAGCGGCUCCAGCCUCCUGCUUGCUCACUCGUUCUCAGUGCCCGGAGCCGGCUGCCCGGCUCGGGGCGGUUCGCAGCUCCCUCUCCUGCCUGGGGACCUGAAGCCGCUCCGGCUCCGGGGUAUAGGACCGCGCGACUGGCUGGCCCAAGCCCGGGGCGCGCCACGGAAGCAGGCCCCGAUGGCGCCGUCUGCGGUGGGCCUCCUUGUCUUCCUUCUGCAAGCUGCUCUUGCUCUGAACCCUGAAGACCCCAAUGUGUGUAGCCACUGGGAGAGCUAUGCCGUGACUGUGCAGGAGUCUUAUGCACACCCCUUUGAUCAGAUCUACUACACACGAUGUGCAGACAUCCUCAACUGGUUCAAGUGUACCCGGCACCGGAUCAGCUAUAAGACCGCGUAUAGGCGCGGCCUCCGGACCAUGUACCGGCGGAGGUCCCAAUGCUGCCCUGGCUACUAUGAGAACGGAGACUUCUGCAUUCCUCUGUGUACCGAGGAGUGCAUGCACGGCCGCUGUGUCUCUCCCGAUACCUGCCACUGUGAGCCUGGAUGGGGAGGCCCUGACUGCUCCAGCGGCUGUGACAGCGAGCACUGGGGUCCCCACUGCAGCAACCGGUGUCAGUGUCAGAACGGCGCCCUGUGCAACCCUAUCACCGGCGCCUGCGUGUGCGCCCCGGGCUUCCGAGGCUGGCGCUGUGAGGAACUCUGCGCUCCUGGUACUCACGGCAAGGGCUGCCAGCUGCUCUGUCAGUGCCACCAUGGCGCCAGCUGUGACCCGCGCACUGGCGAGUGCCUCUGCGCUCCUGGCUACACAGGCGUUUACUGUGAGGAGCUGUGCCCCCCUGGGAGCCAUGGAGCUCACUGUGAGCUGCGCUGCCCCUGCCAGAAUGGAGGCACCUGCCACCACAUCACUGGCGAAUGUGCCUGCCCUCCAGGCUGGACGGGAGCAGUGUGUGCCCAGCCCUGCCCUCCAGGGACCUUUGGCCAGAACUGUAGCCAGGACUGUCCCUGCCACCAUGGAGGCCAGUGUGACCAUGUGACUGGACAAUGCCACUGUACAGCUGGAUACAUGGGGGACAGGUGUCAAGAAGAAUGUCCCUUUGGAACGUUCGGUUUCCUGUGCUCUCAACGCUGUGACUGCCACAAUGGAGGUCAAUGUUCACCAGCCACAGGGGCCUGUGAGUGUGAGCCUGGCUACAAGGGCCCUAGCUGCCAGGAGCGGCUAUGCCCUGAGGGCCUGCAUGGCCCAGGCUGCACCUUGCCCUGCCCCUGUGACACCGAGAACACUAUCAGCUGCCAUCCAGUUACUGGAGCUUGUACCUGCCAACCAGGCUGGUCUGGCCACUACUGCAAUGAGUCCUGCCCCGCCGGCUACUAUGGCAACGGUUGCCAGCUACCCUGCACCUGCCAGAACGGUGCUGACUGCCACAGUAUCACCGGGAGCUGCACUUGUGCUCCAGGCUUCAUGGGAGAGGUGUGUGCCGUCCCCUGUGCUGCAGGGACCUAUGGUCCCAACUGUUCAUCUGUAUGUAGCUGUAGCAACGGCGGCACCUGUUCCCCAGUGGAUGGCUCCUGCACCUGCCGAGAGGGAUGGCAGGGCCUGGACUGCUCCCUGCCUUGUCCCAGUGGGACCUGGGGCCUGAACUGCAAUGAGACUUGCAUCUGUGCCAAUGGAGCUGCCUGCAGCCCCUUUGAUGGGUCCUGUGCCUGCACCCCAGGCUGGCUGGGGGACUCCUGUGAACUGCCCUGCCCGGACGGCACUUUUGGGCUGAACUGCAGUGAGCAUUGCGACUGCAGCCAUGCUGAUGGCUGUGACCCUGUCACAGGCCACUGCUGCUGCCUGGCAGGAUGGACAGGCAUCCGCUGUGAUAGCACGUGUCCUCCAGGUCGCUGGGGCCCCAACUGUUCAGUGUCCUGCAGCUGUGAGAACGGAGGUUCCUGCUCCCCGGAGGACGGGAGCUGCGAGUGUGCCCCUGGCUUUCGAGGACCCUUAUGUCAGAGAAUCUGCCCACCAGGAUUCUACGGCCAUGGCUGCGCCCAGCCUUGUCCCCUCUGCGUGCACAGCAGGGGGCCCUGCCACCACAUCAGUGGUAUCUGUGAGUGCCUGCCAGGAUUCUCUGGAGCCUUGUGCAACCAAGUGUGUGCUGGAGGGCACUUCGGGCAGGACUGUGCCCAGCUCUGUUCCUGUGCCAACAAUGGGACCUGCAGCCCCAUCGAUGGCUCCUGUCAGUGCUUCCCUGGGUGGAUUGGCAAGGACUGCUCACAGGGUUGCCCUUCAGCAUUUUUUGGGAAGGACUGUGGGCACAUAUGCCAGUGUCAGAAUGGAGCCAGCUGUGACCACAUCACUGGGAAAUGCACCUGUCGAACAGGCUUCUCUGGCCGCCACUGUGAACAGAGAUGUGCCCCUGGAACCUUUGGAUAUGGGUGUCAGCAGCUAUGUGAGUGCAUGAACAAUGCCACUUGUGACCACGUCACUGGUACCUGUUACUGUAGCCCGGGAUUCAAAGGAAUCAGGUGUGACCAAGCUGCCCUCAUGAUGGAUGAGCUGAAUCCCUACACCAAGAUCAGUCCAGCUCUGGGAGCAGAGCGGCACUCAGUGGGUGCUGUCACCGGCAUCGUUCUCCUGUUGUUCCUGGUGGUGGUGCUGCUGGGCCUGUUUGCCUGGCGACGGAGGCGGCAGAAAGAGAAAGGCCGUGACCUGGCUCCCCGAGUCUCCUACACCCCAGCCAUGAGGAUGACCAGCACAGACUACUCUCUCUCAGAUUUGUCUCAAAGUAGCAGCCAUGCCCAGUGCUUUUCCAAUGCCAGCUACCACACACUGGCGUGUGGGGGGCCUGCCACCAGCCAGGCCAGCACUCUGGACAGGAACAGCCCCACCAAGAUCAGUGCCCUGGAGGCCAGGUACCCGCCCGAGGACUUCUACAUUGAACUUAGACACCUCAGCCGCCAUGCUGAGCCACACUCACCAGGCACUUGUGGAAUGGACAGACGUCAGAACACAUACAUUAUGGACAAAGGCUUCAAAGAUUACAUGAAAGAAUCUGUGUGCAGUUCUAGCACUUGCUCCUUGAACAGCAGUGAAAACCCUUACGCCACAAUUAAGGACCCACCCAUCCUCACCUGCAAGCUUCCAGAAAGCAGUUAUGUAGAAAUGAAGUCACCUGUGCACUUGGGGUCUCCGUACACAGAUGUGCCAUCCUUGUCGACAUCUAAUAAAAAUAUAUAUGAAGUUGGUAGGUGUCUCACAUAACUUAGCAAAACCAGGGCAACAGUGCAGCAUCUCAAGUGAAAACAAGCCCUCCUCCACACACUCUAUCUCCAUACCACAUCCUUCUGUUUGGUUGCAUUUGAAGGAACCUGAGGAGAAACUUUGUCUCAGGGUUGCCCUUCCCUCUAAUGCAGGAAACCAGAAUCUUGUGCCACCUUGCUUACAAAUCACAACUGAUAAAAGUAGAAACUGUGAGGGUGGAGAGCCAGUAUACAACACUUCGACUACUGUUAAUACAAAUCCAAAGCGGAAAACGAAAACAAUCAGAAUGGCCGUUUACAAGUUUCUAAAUCACUUCUUAAACCUCCCCCAGUAAGACCCACACCUCUAGGAUGUCUUGAAUCUCUUGUUGUUGAGCAAACUAGGAUUCUGGCAGUACACUGUCUUAGGUUUUUCCCUCUCUUAAGCAAGCCUCCAUCCUAAUCCUCCUGGAUUUGUCAGAUGUAUACAUAUACCCACAGUUUUUCUCCCCAACAAGUUAAAUAGAACUUUCUUCCCUCCCACCAAGGCAACAAUGCUAAUCUAUUCUCUGAACUCAUUUUUCACUAUAUUCCUUAGAGCCCACAGUCAGUGUGGUCCAAGAAGGCCGAGGUCAUAACUCCAGCUAUAUCCAGAAUCCAUACGACCUACCUAAGAACAGCCAUAUUCCUGGUCACUAUGACCUCCUCCCAGUAAGACAGAGCCCUGCCCAUGGGCCCUUCCAGGAAAAGCAGUAAGAGGGAUAAGCGUCUCUCUUAGUGUGCUCUGCUGACUAUUUUCUGACUCUGAAAGAAGACAAUCCAUGACUUGAAAUAUCAGUACAGAAUGCCUUGAGCUGUGUGUUAUUAGUUCCUUCACCUGGAUUGAAAGAAACACUUCCAAACGGGACUGGGGUAACUGUUCAAGAAAGUCUGUUCACAAAGGCAAAUCCUAUCAACCUUUCAGCUCUAAAUGUCCUGGAUAUGAUUUUUCAGAACAUUAAAGAUACCACUUUUCAUCAGCAUCAGCUAAAAGCUAUGUAUUUAAUAUUCUGAAACAUCGCUUAAGAAGCAUGUAGCUUAGGUUCCUCAAGCCUUCCAAGAAGGAAAAGGAAACUGGGAGGGGAGGGGGCACUUAAAGUGCCUGAAAUGUGUAUGUGCUGUUGAUUGUUGUUAUCCUCAACAUCUGUUUCAGUAUCUAAGGGAAUUGGUAUGUGGGCAUGAACUGUUCUAAUAUUAAUCUUGGUCUCUGUUCAUUUGGUAUGCCCCAGCAAAUUAUAACAGCCACAAUCAGAGUUUAAAAUAUAACCUAAUUCUUUAAUCAAGACAGGUUCACUUUCUUCUGCCCUAUCAGUAAUAGUAGGCAAAACAGAAAGGGGGAAAAGAGCAGCAGUUUCACUCACUCUAGAAUGAUUUCUAUGCCAGCCUUACCAAAUUUUGCCAAGUCAAAGUUCAAGAAUAACGAAUGCCAAUCCUGGCCUGGCUGCAUUGCAUUGGUUCACCCAAUACUUGAGUCAUUCUGUGUGCACCAGAGAACUAAGAUGCUGUUUUAAGAAAAUGGUCACAGGGCUGGGAAUGUAGCUUAGUGGUAGAUGUUCUUGCCUACUGAGCAAGGACCUGGGAUAGAUCAGCAGCAUCAUAUAAAAGGCAUAGGCUUAUAAUGAAGUUUCCCCAACAACAUAAUUAGAUCACUCAAGUUACUUAGUCGGAGUUCCUUGACUUGUUUAUGGGCAGUUCUUCAUAGAUGGUGCUUGAUGUAGUAUGGAACCUUAAGGUGUAGAAAAUAUUACACAAAUGUGGGCAUGGCACACUUAUGUUGCUUAGCAUACAUUAUGUUUUUGAUGCAACUAAAUGAAAUAAAUGUAAAACAAAACAAAAACAAAAAAACAUAAAAGCCCACCGCCUGAAGUGGGCAAAUAUGUAUUCCAUUAGUUGGUGCUUUUAAUCUCCUGUCCAGAGAAGUCCAUAACUUCCACUGCACAGGUAACAAUAGGUAAACGGAGGCUUGGACAACUCUGAAUGGUUAAUCCCCAAAUUCUUCACAAGAAUUAAGAACAGAAGGGACAAGUUGGAAGUUAAUGGUCACCUUUGUGCCAUCCCAUGUUCUUAAGAGGAUUAAGAGUCUAGAGUGAGUAAAAAUUACCUAGAAGGGGUUUACAGAAGAGGGACUAGAAGACUGUAAAGCUAGAUACUGCUACAGGAAGUAGGGAUGAUAACCUUAGUUUGAGUAGUAAUCAGCAAAAGAGAGAAAAUAAAUAUGUAAGCAAAUCUCUGCUCGUUUCACUCCAGGCAUAAGCCAGUAUGACAUUAGAGGAACACAUACAUGAAUGCUGCAUGUGUGCAUGGAAGCGAGCCAUCAGCAAUAGUGAACGCUCCCAAAAGCCUUAUAAAAUAGAAACAGUAGGAAAUAUUGGUAGACCUAAGUUAAUAUUUCUCAUACAUGUAUAAAGAAACGUAGUGAAGAGACUCACCUCAGUGUUUCAGGGCCACAAGUGCUCUGUUAUCUUUGUGAAGCAAGGAUGAAGAAGCAUGGCGAAGUCCAACCAGCAAGCAGAAAUGGCGUCUCAAUCCCAGGCUUUAUCUUCUUCCCCUACCCUGCAUGUACAAUAACUGCUACCUGGCAAACUGCAAUCAUGCAAAUUCCAAACCUCACUUCUCUCUUGCCAACUACACUCUGCACAAAGUACCCAGCAAGAGGUGGGAUGGCUAGAGCAGCAAGUCAAGAGAAGUUGGCACCACUCUUGUUGAGUCACUUGCCCUCUUCGGGCUCCUUUAUUACCCACACAUGAAAGAAGAGAGACACAGAGUGGGAGCAGAGCUCUAACAACUCUCCAAGUGUAGCACUCUACAACAUUUCAAGUAACAUAGUUCAGUCAGGCUAUACAGAGAAGGGAAAGGGCAAAGAUGUGAUUAAGUAUGGUGACAGCAGCAGCCUUCACAUAGCUAAGAGUUAGCACUAGGACAUUUCGAUCAUGCAGAGCAACUGUUAGGAACUUCUGUCUAACAAUCACAAACAGGUUUGCGGUCAGCCUCAACAUGUGCGCUGUGCAUUCUAUAGUCAAUUUGGAAAGAUCUGCUCAAUUAUUUUUCAAAACAAAAAUUUCAAUCCAGUAAAUUAAUAUGUAUACAAGUCAGACAAAGAAAACACAGAUACUGUACAAUAGUGUGAGAGACUAUGAAAUGGCAAUACUUUUUUAAACCACAGAUUUGUAAUAUAUUUGUUCACUGUGCAGAGGAUGUACCUUAUACAAAAUAAAAUGGAUUCUCAAACUAACAUUACAAGAAUGCCUACUGUUGUGUUGCAAACUGAAAAUCUAUACAUUUUAUGUUUAAGACAAUACUAAACCCUCAUUUGGUAUGGUUACUUUAAACAGCUGGAAGAAUGAAAAUUACCACAAUACAUGUUAGAAAAAGGAACCAAAGUGUUAUUUUUAAAAUAACAAAUGGGAUCUCCUUAACUCAUGUUAAAUAUUUUAAAAUCCCAUUCACACCAGUAUUAGGCUCCUGUUUUUCCAAGAAUGUGUACUCAAGUACAUCCCGUGGCACAAAGGGCAAGUGUAAAAACUACCCAAUGUAUAUAAAUCCAGUGAAUAGCUUUUAACUAAGAGAUUUUAGCAUGUGUCCACUUUAAGACAUUUUAAACCAAAUCUUAAGACAUAGCUGAGUUUAAAAUAUAAGGGGACAGGGGAACUGUAAGAUUGUCAUGAUGAUUCACAACUAUAACCCCAGCACUCGGGAGGCUGAAGCAGGACUGCUAAGAGUUCCAGGCCAGCCAGGGCUACAAUGUAAGACCCUGUCUCAAAACAAGCAAACAGUGAAAGCCAGGCAUGGUGCCAUACACUCAUGCAAUCCCAUUAUUCAGGAGACUAAGGCAGGAGAGUUUCAAGUUGAAGAAGCUUGAGCUACAUAGUGAGUUCAAGAGUAGCCUAGGCUAGGAGAUUUUAUUUCAAGAAACAUAAAAGGCAGGAGGCUUAUUAUUAUUAUUUAAAAAAUACAAAGCUCAAUCAGUGAUAGGGCAUUUUGCCUAGCAUGAAGCCCUGGGUUCAGUUCCCAGCAUCACAAAAGCUUAGAAGAAAAUACAGAUGCCAAAAAAUAGUUUACUGGGCUGGCAAGAUGAUGACCUGAGUUCAAUGCCCAGAACCCAUAAGGUAUAAAGUACAAGCUGUCCUCUGAUUUUCACACACACACACACACACACACACACACACACACACACACACACACACUCUCUCUCUCUCUCUCUCUCUCUCUCUCUCUCUCUCUCUCUUUCUCUCCCCAAACAAAUAAAUGUAAAUAAAUUAAAAAGUAACUCCUGAAAUGAAUUCAUUGAGUUUAAUUUGCUCUUCAGACUUUCAAAGGUGUAUAUAUAUUAACCUCACACUAAGUCAACUCAAAAUAUUCCAACUUGUCAGUUCACAAGGCUUAUGUGAUAUUUAAGUGAUUCUAGCCCUUCAAGGGACUGAGAAUUCAAGGGUCUGGAAUUCAAAGCUAGUCUAGGCAAGUUAGUGAAAACUUAUGUCAAAUUAAAAUAAAUAGCUGGAAAUGUUAGCUCUGUAGCAGAACACUUACUUAAAAUGUGUGAGACCGUGGGCUGGUGAGAUGGCUCAGUGGGUAAGAGCACCCGACUGCUCUUCUGAAGGUCCAGAGUUCAAAUCCCAGCAACCACAUGGUGGCUCACAACCAUCCGUAACGAAAUCUGACUCCCUCUUCUGGAGUGUCUGAAGACAGCGACAGUGUACUUACAUAUAAUAAGUAAAUAAAUAAAUAAAUAAAUAAAAUCUUUAAAAAAAAAAAAAGUGUGAGACCGUAAGUUCAGUCACCAAUACCACCACCGCCACCACCACCACCAUCAUCACCACCAUGUCCACCACUCAACACACACACACACACACACACACACACACACACAAGUUAUUUCAAUUUAGUACAAUGUUUAACCAAGAAUAAUAUAUUUUUGCUACUCAGAAAUAAGUGUCAUUCAGGAGGGACAAUUAACAGGUAAUUCUCCAGGGCUGGAGGUUGACACAUUUAGUUAACAAAGGGUAAAGUUAUACUCUGUGAGUCUCUGAAUAUUACUAGUACCAUAAAUAAUAGUCAAGAACCAAUGGCUGCAGGUGGUGCCCUUAGCAUCCAUACAUUCUAUAGUCACUCACCUACUGAGAAGGAAGACACAAGAGUUCAUCUGAUCUCUGAAACAAUGACAGAUGGAAAACCUCUCUAAGGAAGAUGGAUUCAUGGAUGGCUACAUGGGAGUUCGUUAUGUUAUUUGUGCUUUGUAAAGUUUUAUGUCUAUGGUUAUAGAAUUAUAUCACUACAAUUCUAUGUUAUUUUAGUACAGAACAGUUAAUUGUCAGAAUAUAAACAUGAACAAAAUCUA